AUGGACAAAAAACAUUCAAAAGGUGAAUAUUGUCUUCAUGGGUCUGGUAUGUUUCUUCCUCACCCUCCAAGUGAGCCAAGAAAGGGUCACGGGGUUACACUGCCCCCUUUAAGGGGCAUCUACUCUGAGCUCAUAAUAACAUCAGGCAAAAGUCCACAACAGUCUUAUACACAGGGUCCAGUGACCCAGCAGAGUUUACUGUGCCGGGCGGCCUACGAGUCUAACGCCCUCAAGGCAGCAGUGUUCAAAAAAACUCCUGACCUGCACAGUGUUGUAGAAGAUUGGUAUGGGCCAUCGACACAACACCCGCAUGAGAAAGAUUUUCACUCUGGAAGUUACACUCCAAAAGUUCAGCUGCCUUAUAUUUGCGCCCCUGACCAAGUUCCCCGCAAAAUCGAGAUUGAGAGACGUAGGAGAGAGUAUCAGAAGUUUGAUAUCGCCAAGCUUCUAGCCGAACACAGCAUUGACUCCAACCAGCUGAUGCCCAGAAACCAGCAGAAUGCGGAGACUGAGACAGAAAGCGCUUGUCCACCUGUUUCGAACCGGCUGCCUCUAGAGAUAUUUGACAAUGAGGAGUUUGACUGUCGGACCCCAGAGGAGUGGCUGGCUUUAGGUUAUGAGGAGGUUUCCCGUGACUGCAAGCCUGUACCGGCUAAAGCCCUGCUACCGACGAAAACCACCAUCCCAUCCGUGGAUCCAAAGAGCCCGAGUUUGGUGUUUUCCUGGCAGCUGGUGGGAGUUUUAGAAUACAGUCAGGAAAAUAACCAGUAUUUGGUGCAAAAGGCAGACAAAAAUGGAGGGGUUCGAGAUUCUGAGGGCAAACCCAUUGUCAAUGGAGCAAAGAGAACAAAAGGCAUGUACGAGGAUGAGCAAUACUGGGUUCCUAGAAUCAGACUGCUUUUCUGCGCGGAAGACCCACGUGUUUUUGCCCAGAGAGUUCUGUUUGCCCAGAAAUCAAGACAGGAAACAGAGGCCUCACUUCUGUACCACCUGUCCAUUGACUGUAUGCCAGUCUGGAGUGGCAGCUCCACCCUCGACCCCAGAAGAAUGGAACGCAUCAAAGCAUAUGCCUGCUCCACACCAGGCCUUCAACUUGAACUUCUGCAGGAGUGCGAGGAGCAGCUGGAGAGGGAGAUUCGUUUAGAGUUUAGUCGCACUAUGAACCAGAUGUGCUUUGACAAGGUGGUACAGGAGAACCCAGAAGAGUUCUCCUAUAUCAAAGUCCCACAGAAAGAACCCGAGAGGGUGCCUAAGAGAGGUUUAGUGCCAGUCCCUGUCUUUCCAUUUGAGAAUAACCGGAAAGCCUUUGUCUUUAAUUCUCUGCUCACCAAGCCCGAGGUGAUUGCUCUGCUGUCAAAAGUGAGAGAAGAGUGUGACCGGGUUGUUGAAAUAGGCCUGUUCCAAAUCACCUUCAUAAAGCCUCUUCCCCUGGAGGAGUUUGAGUCGGCACAGUCCCAUAAAUGCACAGAGGUCCAGCUGUUCCUGCAGGACUCGUGGUUGACAGCCCUACGUAGCGGGAUUUUGUCUAACCUGAGCAAUGUGGGUCGUGGCUGGUACAAUCUCACCUCAUCACGCUGGGAUGUUUACCGCAUGUCCAAACUGUGCCGCUUGAUGGCACUGGUCCGCUGCAUCCAGCAAGAUUCGCUCAGGUUUCUGGUGCAGGAUUCUCUUGCCAGCCUGGCCAAAUUAGUGCUGGAUGCGUGCCAUAGUGUCAUACACUGCCCCAAAGAUCUCAGCUGGGGAUUUGACCUUAAAAACAGCCCAUACAUGCCAAAGAAUAAACCCCUGUUCACUGUUGAACUGGUGCUGGAUCAAACUGGGGUCCGUUAUAGUACUCCUCUAGAGAGUUUCGAGACCUCCAUUGUUAACCUGUUUGAUAAAGGGAUCCUGUCUACACACAAUUUGCCUCAGCUAGAUAAGUUUGUAUUGAAGAACUUGUUCAUUGCUGGUGAUCUUGUGCUAGAGUCGGUGGGCUUGUGGGAACCUGAGGUUAAGAAUUUGAAAGAGACCAUCAGUUUAGCCCUAAGACAGGCUGUCAUACCGCUCAAAGCCUACGCCGAUGAAUAUAAAUGUUACCUUGAGCUUCACAACUUGGACAUCAAUACAUUUUUAGAGUUGCACAGUCAGGAAAAACAGACUCCUCAGGAGGUGAAACAAGAAGUUCUGGAGCACCUGAAGCAGAUGGAGAAUUUGGAUAAGUCUAUUCCCUCCAUUAUUGUCCUCGGACCCUUCCUGGUCAGCGUUGAGGAAGUUCGGCAAAGUCUGGUGAAUAAACGGAGAGCCCUCGCGAAUGCUGUGCUCAACAGACUUGCCCUGAGGUUACGUCAACAAAUGCAGGACGCAUGUAAGGAGUGUAAAGCCAUCAGCACAAAGUUGUUUGAGAAGCCCAGCAACAUUGAGGAGCUCACUGAACAGAGGGAAUGGAUGAAACUGGUUCCCGAACAGCUCAAAGCUCAUGAAGAGCUUUUAUCCAAAGCGAUGUCCGAUUAUGAGCUCAUAGAUGAGUUCUUCUACAGUCUCUCCAAUGAAGACGUCACUGAGAAAUGGACAGCAAGGGCUUGGCCCUGUAAGAUCCUGAGCCAGAUGGAGACAGUGAGAACCCAGAACGUUGAGGAUGAAGAACGCUUCCUUAAGAUACAACUGGUUGACCAAAACAACUUUAUGGAACGCUUGAGCUUCCUGCAGAUGGUGGUGGUUGGGUUAGCCGGUUACACAAACGCUGGACGAGCGCAUGAGGUGGCCAAUGAAGUGCGGCGAGUGGGCAAGCAGCUGAAGGAGUGUCAGGAAAUGGCACAGCUUUACAACAAUCGAGAACGACUCUUCGGCAAACCAGUUUCUAAUUAUACUGAGUUACAGAAGCUGAACCGAGAAUUUCAGCCAUUUCAUGACCUGUGGAAGAUGACCUCCGAUUGGCUGCGCUGGCACGAAAGUUGGCUCAAUGACCCGCUGUCAGCCAUCAAUCCUGAGCAGCUGGAGCGUAAUGUCAAUGACGCUUACAAGACUAUGCACCAGUGUGUCAAACAGUUUAAAGACAUUCCUGCCUGUCAGGUAGUGGCAACUGAAAUAAGAGCCAAGAUCGAAGAGUUUCGUCCCUUCAUUCCUCUGAUCCGGGGCCUGGGGAACUCCGGCAUGCGAAGUCGCCACUGGGAGCUUCUUUCUGAGCGUAUCAAUGUGAAUGUGAAGCUUAAAGCAAACCUCAACUUUUCCCAAUGUUUGGAGCUGGGCCUGCAAGACCACGUGGAGGAAAUCACCCGUGUGGCUCAGGAGGCUGGAAAAGAGUUUGCUAUAGAGCAAGCUCUGAACAAGAUGGAGGAAGAGUGGUCAACAGUGAUGUUUGAGGUGAUGCCAUAUAAGGAGACGGGCACGUACAUCUUAAAGAGCCCCGAUGAAGCAUCUCAGCUCCUAGAUGACCACAUUGUCAUGACCCAGAGUAUGACCUUCUCCCCAUAUAAAAAACCCUUUGAGGAGAGAAUCAGCAAAUGGGAGAGUAAAUUAAGAAUGACACAAGAUGUUCUAGAAGAGUGGCUGAUCUGUCAGCGCUCGUGGCUGUACAUGGAACCCAUCUUCAGCUCUGAUGACAUCAACCGCCAGCUGCCUGUGGAGGGAAAGAGGUACCAGAAUGUAGAGCGCACCUGGAGGAAUAUCAUGAAGGCUGCCCAUGACAACAGACAGGUGAUCUCCCUGUGUUCUGAUGCACGUCUGCUGACCAGCAUUAAGGACUGUAACACUUCACUGGAGCUGGUUCAGAAAGGAUUAAGUGAAUACCUGGAAACCAAACGUGGCGCCUUCCCCAGGUUUUAUUUUUUAUCAGAUGAUGAGUUACUAGAGAUCUUGUCUCAAACUAAAGACCCAACAGCAGUGCAGCCACAUCUCCGCAAAUGCUUUGAAAACAUCGCCAGGCUCCAGUUCCAAUCAGAUCUGCUGAUCACACACAUGUACUCCGCGGAGGGAGAGGAAGUCCAGUUGGUCACCCCUGUGUCUCCAUGUGGGAAUGUGGAGAACUGGUUACGUGAAGUGGAGAACUCCAUGAAGGCCAGCGUGAGAGAUAACAUCCACCGCUCGCUGCAAGCAUACGUUGAGAAUCCUCGUGGAGAGUGGGUGUUGUCCUGGCCUGGUCAGGUGGUGAUCGCCGGCUGUCAGACGUUCUGGACCCAAGAGGUGUCAGAGUCUCUGGAGAAAGGAGACCUAGCCGAUCGACUCUACCCUGAGUUAGAGACACAGUUGAAAGAUUUGGUGCAGCUGGUGAGGGGUCGCCUGUCAAAGAUGCAGCGCGCUGUACUCUCCGCCCUCAUCGUGAUUGAGGUUCAUGCUAAAGAUGUGGCUGCCAGGCUUGUGGAGGAGGGAGUUUGCAGUGUCAAUGACUUUGAGUGGAUCAGUCAGCUGAGGUAUUACUGGCACGAUGAUUUGUUCAUCAGAGCGGUAAAUGCUGAGUUCUUGUAUGGUUAUGAGUACUUGGGCAACUCAGGGCGACUUGUUAUCACUCCACUAACCGACAGGUGUUAUCUUACCCUGACUGGGGCGCUUCACUUAAAGUUUGGUGGUGCCCCCGCGGGCCCUGCAGGCACAGGGAAGACGGAGACCACUAAAGAUCUGGGCAAAGCUCUGGCCAUCCAGACUGUGGUCUUUAACUGCUCUGAUCAGCUGGACUUCAUCGCCAUGGGAAAGUUCCUCAAAGGCCUGGCUAGUUCAGGGGCUUGGGCCUGCUUUGAUGAAUUCAACCGAAUCGACGUGGAGGUUUUGUCAGUCGUGGCUCAACAGAUCACAACCAUCCAAAAAGCCCAACAGCAGAGAGUGAAGACGUUUGUGUUUGAAGGAACGGAAAUUCCUCUCGUUCCGUCCUGCGCUGUCUUCAUUACAAUGAACCCUGGUUACGCCGGCCGUACUGAACUGCCGGAUAAUUUAAAGGCUCUCUUCCGUCCUGUGGCUAUGAUGAUCCCCGACUACGCCAUGAUAGCAGAGAUCUCUCUUUACUCCUUUGGCUUCAGCGAUGCCAAAGUUCUGUCUAAAAAAAUCACCAGCACCUUCAAGCUGUCUUCAGAGCAGCUCAGCUCACAGGAUCACUAUGACUUUGGGAUGAGAGCUGUGAAAACUGUGAUCUCUGCAGCUGGAAACCUGAAGAGAGAGAACCCUGAUAUGAAUGAGGAGCUGAUAUGCUUGCGUGCCAUCAGGGAUGUCAAUGUACCAAAGUUCCUCCAGGAUGACCUCAAGCUCUUCAAUGGCAUAGUGUCAGAUCUCUUUCCCAAGAUCCGCGAGGAGCCUAUAGACUACGGCAUCCUGGAAGAGUCAAUCAGAAAUGUCUGUGCAAACAAGUGCCUUAAGGAUGUAGAUGGCUACAUAACCAAGUGUAUUCAGUUGUACGAGACCACUGUAGUUAGACACGGUCUAAUGCUGGUCGGACCAUCAGGCUCUGGGAAAACUAAGUGUUAUGAGGUGCUAGGAGCGGCCAUUACAGCUCUGAAAGGUCAGCCCUCAGUUAGUGGAGGAGUCUAUGAGGCUGUACACACAUAUGUGCUCAACCCAAAGUCCAUCACUAUGGGUCAACUCUACGGAGAGUUCGACCAGCUCACACAUGAGUGGACAGAUGGUAUACUGCCCUGUCUGAUUCGGGCCGGAGCCGCAGCCAUGGACCAGGAGAACAAGUGGUACAUGUUUGAUGGGCCGGUUGACGCGGUGUGGAUCGAGAACAUGAACACAGUUUUGGAUGACAACAAGAAACUGUGUUUGAGUUCAGGAGAGAUCAUCAAACUCACUGAUGUGAUGACGAUGAUGUUCGAGGUGCAGGACUUGGCGGUGGCGUCUCCUGCUACGGUUUCCCGCUGUGGUAUGGUCUAUCUGGAGCCCAGUAUUCUAGGAUUGAGCCCGUUCACAGAGUGUUGGCUUCGCACCAUCCCUGACACAUUUCAGCCCUACAGAGACCAAAUCGAAUCUCUCUUCAAGAGGUUUUUACAGGACUCCAUCAGAUUUGUGCGUGAGUCAGUAAAGGAGGUCAUCACCUCCAUGGACAGCAACCUCACCUGCUCUCUACUCAAACUGCUGGACUGUUUCUUCCAGACCUUCAUCCCACAAGAGGGUAAGAAACCUCCAUCCCAGGAGAAACUGUCUCGGCUUCAGGAGCUGAUUGAGCCGUGGUUUAUCUUCUCGCUCGUGUGGAGUGUUGGAGCCACAGGUGAUGCGUCCAGCUGCCAACGCUUCAGUUCUUGGCUCAGGGGCAAAAUGGCUGAAGAAAAGGUCCAACUGUGUUUCCCAGAGGAGGGACUGGUUUAUGACUACCAUUUAGAUGAUGCGGGAAUCAGUCGUUUUGAUGAUGAGGAGGAGGAGGAAAAAGGAAGGAAGGUGCAAUGGGUAAAUUGGAUGAAAUAUGCUCAGAAAGUGGUCAUCAACCCAGAAACCAGCUACUCUGACAUCAUAGUUCCCACAGUCAACACUGUUCGCAUGUCUUUCCUGAUAGACAUGCUACUGUCCAAUAAGAAGCCUGUGUUGUGCAUUGGGCCCACUGGCACAGGAAAGACUUUAACCAUGUCAGACAAGCUCCUCAAGAACAUGCCUGCUGAAUACAUAACACACUUUCUGAUGUUCUCUGCUCGCACCUCCGCCAACCAGACUCAAGACUAUAUCGACAGCAAACUCGAUAGAAGACGUAAAGGUGUGUUCGGGCCUCCUUUGGGGAAAUAUUUCAUCUUCUUUAUAGAUGAUCUGAACAUGCCCAUGCUGGAAACAUACGGAGCCCAGCCUCCCAUUGAACUGCUGCGCCAGUGGAUGGAUCACGGAGGCUGGUAUGACAGGAAACAGAUAGGCACAUUUAAAAACCUUGUUGACAUAAACUUUGCUUGUGCCAUGGGUCCCCCCGGUGGGGGCAGAAACCCCAUUACCCAGCGCUUCACACGCCACUUCAACUUCCUGUCAUUCACUGAGAUGGAGGAUGCCAGCAAGAGGAAGAUAUUCUCCACCAUCUUGAGGAACUGGAUGGAGAAAAGUCCAGAAAUUCAGCCAUUGAAUGAACCACUGGUGAAUGCUACCAUCCAGGUUUACUCUACCAUCACCUCUGCUUUGCUACCCACACCUGCCAAAUCCCAUUACACAUUCAACCUGAGGGACCUCUCUAAAGUUUUUCAGGGCAUCCUGAUGGCAGAGGCUGGAACAAUAAAGAAAAAAAUUCAGCUCGUGCAGCUCUGGUAUCAUGAAAGCUGCAGGGUGUUCCAGGAUCGACUGGUGUGUGAUGAGGACAGGAGUUGGUUUGAGCAGCUCCUCCACACUCACAUACAUGAGUUCGGGUGCAGGUUUGAAGAGGUGGUGCCCUGCCAGCCAGUCCUGUAUGGGGACUUCAUGUUCCCUGGGGUCGUCAAGGUUUACCAGCUCAUUGAGGAUAAAGAAAAGUUGGCCCGUGUGAUGGAGGAAUACAUGGAUGAUUAUAACCAGACCUGCACCGCCAAGAUGAAACUGGUGCUGUUCAUGGAUGCCAUACAGCACGUGUGUCGCAUCAGUCGAAUCCUACGCCAACCGCUGGGUAACGCCUUGCUGUUAGGGGUGGGUGGCAGCGGACGCCAGUCUCUAACCAGACUUGCCACACACAUGGCUGAGUAUGAGUGCUUCCAGAUUGAGCUCUCCAAGAACUACGGCCUCCCGGAGUGGAGAGAAGAUAUCAAAAGCAUUAUGUUAAAGGCCGGUCUGCAGAAUGUGCAAAUCACCUUCCUGUUUGUAGAUACACAGAUUCAGAGUGAAUCUUUCCUGGAGGAUAUAAAUAACAUCCUGAACUCAGGCGACGUGCCCGGUCUUUACACUACGGAGGAGCAGGAGCGGAUCUUGGCUGCAAUGAAACCUGUGGUUCAGGACAUGGGCCAGCAGCCCACCAAAGCAAACCUCAUGUCUGCCUACUUAAAGAGAGUUCGCAGGAACAUCCACACUGUUCUCUGCAUGAGUCCUGUAGGGGAAGUGUUCAGGGCUCGUCUCAGGCAGUUCCCAUCUCUAGUCAACUGCUGCACUAUCGACUGGUUCAGUGCUUGGCCACAGGAGGCACUACAGUCUGUCGCAACAUCUUUCCUCAAUGAGCUUCCAGAACUGGAGAGUAGCCCCACUGUCAUCAAAAGCCUGGCAUCGAUGUGUGUUGAGAUCCAUCAAAUGGUGUCCAGGAAGUGUGAGCAGUACCUUGCUGAACUUUCACGCCACAACUACGUCACACCUAAAAGCUACCUUGAGCUUCUCAGCCUAUUCUCAUCUCUGAUUGGCCGGAAGAAGCAGGAGUUACACAGCGCUCGACAGCGAAUGAAAACCGGCCUGGACAAGUUGUUGAGAACAGCAGAAGAUGUGAGCAAGAUGCAGGAGGAGUUGGAGAUGAUGAGACCACAGCUAGAAGAGGCAGCCAAGGACACUGUGGUCACCAUGGAGAAAAUUAAAGAAGACACAGUAAUAGCUGAGGAAACUCGAAUAGCUGUGCAGGCCGAGGAGGCUAAAGCCUCUGAAAAGGCUCGUGUGGCUCAGGCCAUCGCCAGUGAUGCUCAGAAGGAUCUGGAUGAAGCACUUCCCGCCCUGGAUGCUGCCCUCGCCAGCCUUCAAUCACUCAAAAAGAAUGAUGUCGUUGAGGUGAGGGCUUUGCAGAGGCCUCCGCCAGGAGUGAAACUGGUCAUGGAUGCUGUCUGCAUUCUGAAGGGUGUCAAACCUAAGAAAGUCGCAGGGGAGAAGCUUGGAGAGAAGGUUGAUGACUACUGGGAUGCGGGAAAAGCCCUGCUGCAGGAUCCUGGGAAAUUUCUGGAGAGUCUGUUCAAAUAUGACAAGGACAACAUCCCGGACUCGGUGAUCAAACAAGUGCAGCCCUACAUUGACAAUCCAGAGUUCCAGCCCGCGUCCAUCGCCAAGGUGUCCAAAGCCUGUACCUCCAUCUGUCAGUGGGUGCGAGCGAUGCAAGUGUACCAUUUUGUGGCCAGAGCUGUAGAGCCCAAACGGCAAGCUUUGCAGGAGGCUCAGGAGGAUCUGGAGGUAACCCAGAGCAUUCUGGAUGAUGCUAAGCAGAAGCUAGCAGCCGUGGAGGAAGGAAUCGCCACACUGCAGGCUAAAUAUCACGAAUGCCUGGCUAAGAGAGAUGAUCUGGAUGCCAAGUGCCAGCUGUGUGAGAAUAGACUGAUCCGUGCAGAUAAGCUGAUUGGAGGUCUGGCAGAUGAGAAGGUUCGCUGGAAAGAGACCGUGCAGCAGUUGGAAUACAUGGUGAAUAAUGUGGCAGGAGAUGUGUUGCUGGCUGCGGGAUACGUGGCCUAUCUCGGACCCUUCACUGGAGAGUACCGUUCGUUGAUGGCUGAGGAGUGGAUCAGAGGUUUUAAAGAGCUGGAGGUCCCUCACACACAACAGCCCAACCUGAUCAGCACACUGGGUGACAAAGUCAAGAUCCGCUCCUGGCAGAUUGCAGGUCUACCCAAGGAUAGUCUGUCUGUGGAGAACGGAGUAAUCACACAGUACUCUCAGCGCUGGCCUCUGUUUAUCGAUCCUCAGGGACAAGCCAACAAAUGGAUCAAGAACAUGGAACGCGAUAACAGAUUGGACGUGAUGAAGCUGAGUGACCGGGACUUCCUGCGCAGUUUAGAAAAUGCUAUUCGCUUUGGGAAGCCCUGCUUGCUGGAGAACGUAGGGGAGGAGCUUGACCCUGCGCUGGACCCUGUGCUCUUACGACAGACAUACAUCCAUGAAGGCAACACAGUUCUGAAGCUGGGAGACUCUGUCAUUCACUAUCAUGAUGACUUCAAGAUGUACAUCACCACCACGCUACCCAACCCACACUACUCACCUGAGAUCUCUACCAAAGUCACUCUAAUCAAUUUCACCCUCUCACCCAGCGGGCUUGAAGAUCAGCUGCUGGGUCGUCUCGUAGCUGAAGAGAGACCUGAUCUAGAGGGAGCGAAGAACCAGCUGAUCGUGAGUAACGCACAAAUGAAGCAGGAAUUAAAGGAGAUAGAAGAUCAGAUCCUGUUCCGUCUGAGCUCUUCUGAAGGGAACCCAGUUGAUGACGAAGAACUGAUCCGAGUGCUGGCAGCCUCCAAAGUCAAAGCUGAAGAGAUUCAGGCAAAAGUAACGGUAGCCGAAGCGACCGAGCGGGACAUUGACGCCACUCGUCUGGAGUACGUUCCAGUAGCUGUCCGAGCCCAGAUUCUCUUCUUCUGCGUGUCAGAUCUGUCAAUCGUGGACCCCAUGUACCAGUACUCUCUGGAGUGGUUUUUGGGAAUUUUCAUGGCUGGUAUUGCCAACUCAAAGCGAGCAGAGACGGUGAAGGAGCGUAUCGUCAACAUUAAUGAAUUCUUCACUUUCAGUCUGUACUGUAACGUCUGCCGCAGCCUGUUUGAGAAACACAAGCUCAUGUUUGCCUUCCUCCUGUGUGUCCGAAUCCUUAUGAACGACGGCAAGAUUGACAUGGCUGAGUGGCGGUACAUGUUAUCAGGUGGCCGGACCCAGCAACAGGCACCUAAACCGGCACCAAACUGGCUGUCUAUGAGAGCUUGGCUGGACAUACUGGCAAUGAGUGCCCUCCCCACGUUCAGCAAACUGGCAGAGAGUUUCCCCGAACACGAGCUUGGAUUCAAGAGCAUAUUUGACAGCAGCCAGCCACACAGGGAACCUCUUCCAGGCGAGUGGAACAACAUUUUAGACUCAUUCCAGAAGCUGUUGGUGCUGCGGUGUCUGAGGGCCGACAGGCUCACUCACGGCCUGCAGGAUUUCGUGGCUUCACAACUGGGUCAGAGUUUCAUUGAGCCUCAGACGUCUGACUUGUCUGUGGUGUUUAAAGAGUCAUCUCUAUCCACCCCUCUCAUUUUUGUCCUGUCUCCUGGCACUGACCCUGCUGCUGACCUGUACAAGUUCGCAGAGGUCAUGACAUUUUCAAAGAAAUUGAGCGCCAUCUCCCUUGGCCAGGGCCAGGGUCCCGCUGCUGAAGCCAAGAUGCGGAAUGCAAUGGAAAAAGGGAAGUGGGUCUUCUUCCAGAACUGCCACCUCGCCCCCAGCUGGAUGCCAUCUCUGGAGAGACUUAUCGAGAACAUCGACCCUGACAAAGUCCAUCGGGACUUCCGUCUUUGGCUGACUAGUUUGCCCAGCAAUAAGUUCCCAGUGUCCAUUCUGCAGAAUGGCUCCAAGAUGACCAUAGAACCACCACGAGGCAUUAAAGCCAAUCUCCUGCGAACCUACGCCAGCCUCAAUGAUGAUUUCAUCACUUCCUGCUCUAAGGCAGCGGAGUUGAAAGCUCUACUUUUGUCUCUGUGCCUUUUCCAUGGGAAUGUCAUUGAGCGCAGGAAGUUCGGCCCACUCGGAUUCAACAUUCCAUAUGAGUUUACAGAUGGUGAUCUGCACAUCUGCAUUAGCCAGCUGAAAAUGUUCCUGGAUGAAUAUCAGGACAUCCCAUACAAGGUUUUGAAGUACACUGCUGGUGAAAUAAAUUAUGGAGGUCGUGUGACGGACAACUGGGAUCGUCGUUGUAUCUUAAACGUCCUGGAGGAUUUCUACUCCCCAAGUGUCCUGAGCCCAGAACACGUUUACUCUCCUUCUGGAGAAUAUAGACAAAUCAACACUGAAAACAAUGUCAAGGGUUAUCUGGGGUAUUUCCGUGGCUUACCAAUUAACGAUUCGCCAGAGAUCUUCGGCCUCCAUGACAACGCCAACAUCAGCUUCGCACAAAAUGAGACGUUCGCUCUGCUGGAAACUUUAGUGAAACUGCAGCCCAGAGUCGCAGCCGGCGGAGGCAAAUCUAGAGAGGAAAUCAUAGAGGAGAUCGUAAAGGGUAUUGGGGAGAAGAUCCCUCGCCUCAUUAAUGUGCAGGAGGUCAUGAAGAAAUAUCCAGUUAUGUAUGAAGAAUCUAUGAACACAGUCCUGGUCCAGGAGGUUAUAAGAUAUAACAAGUUGUUAUCAGUGAUUUCUCAGAGUCUCAGUGAUCUAGUGAAGGCUUUGAAGGGUUUGGUGGUUAUGUCAUCUGAACUGGAACUCAUGUCUAAUAGUCUGUUCAUCAACGCUGUUCCAGAAUUAUGGAAGGCCAAGGCAUAUCCGUCCCUUAAGCCGCUAGCUUCCUGGGUGUCGGAUCUGGUCCAGAGAAUUAGCUUUUUGCAGAACUGGAUCUCAGAUGGCAUUCCUCCUGUGUUCUGGAUCAGCGGCUUCUUCUUCCCUCAAGCUUUCCUCACAGGAACCCUGCAGAACUUCGCCCGCCGCUCUGGGGUCUCUAUUGACACCAUUGCUUUUGACUUCAAGGUGAUGAAGGAAUCAAUAGCAGAACUUACUCAAAGGCCAGACAUCGGCUGCUUCAUCCACGGUCUGUUUUUAGAGGGUGCACGCUGGGAUCCAGAAGAAGGCCUGUUGGCUGAGUCUCGACCCAAAGAGCUCUACACCGAGAUGGCCGUUAUCUGGAUGGUGCCUGUCCCCAACCGUAAACCACCCCUGGCUGGAGUCUACAUCUGCCCUAUCUACAAAACACUCACCCGUGCCGGAACUCUUUCUACCACUGGGCACUCCACCAACUACGUUAUUGCAGUUGAGCUGCCUACAAAUCGUUCCCAGGGGCACUGGAUCAAACAGGGCGUGGCUCUGAUCUGUGCUUUGGACUACUAGACUCUCUCUCUCUCUCUCUCUCUCUCUCUCUCUCACACACACACACACACACACACACACACACACGCACACAACGUUGAUUGACAUCCCUGAAAAAUGCACAAGCUGAUAUGGAUUAUAAUUCAACAUUUUUAGAUAAGCACUUUCUGGUUUCCCAGAACAUUCAUUUCACAUCUGACAGAGAAUUUGGAAAUUAACUGUGAAGCUGUGAAUAGACUUUAAAUAGUAGAGACUAUAGAUCUGUGAUGUUGUUGCAGUGUCAUACUACAAAACAAAAAUUUAUAUUAU